UUUUUAUAAAAUAGACAGUCCGCUGUUUAUCAAAGUCGAAACCCUCGUCUCUCAGUAACAAAGAGAAUUUCAUUUGCAAGAUUUCUCCAGGAGCAUGUUUAUGGUGACUCUGUAAUCAAAGAGUGACAUGCAAGAUGUUGCUGGAUUAUUAUCAUUUACUUCCGUAAAUCAAAGUGUUACUCAAUUGAAGGACAUCUGGCAAAAUUAAACCAUGGCUCAGCAAUCGUCGCGGCUUAAUCGCCUGCUCACUUUAUUGGACACGGGUUCGACCCAAGCGACGCGGUUUACUGCUGCCAGGCAGAUAGGGGAAAUUGCCAAAUCACAUCCUCAGGACCUGAAUUCUCUGUUAAGCAAGGUUUCCCAAUAUCUGCACAGUAAAAAGUGGGAUACCCGGGUUGCUACAGCUCAUGCUAUAGGAGCUAUUGCUGAGAAUGUUAAAUGUACAUCGUUGUCUGAGCUCUCUAAUAGUUUUGAAUUGAAAAUGUCAGAAGCUGGGAUUUCUGGCACCUUCGCUGACAUUGUGACUUGGCCUAACCGCAAUCCUGAAAAUUCAGCAGGCACUUCAUUUAGAAGUUUUGAUCUAAACAAGGUGUUGGAAUUUGGGGCUUUGGUGGCAUCCGGUGGACAGGAGUACGAUAUAGCAAGUGACAACAGCAAGAACUCUCGGGAAAGAUUGGCUCGACAAAAGCAGAAUCUUCUGCGUCGAUUAGGGUUAGAUGUGUGUGAGCAGUUCAUGGAUGUGAAUGAUAUGAUAAGAGAUGAGGACCUCCUUGUGCACAAAAUUAAUUCCUCUGGCAAUGGAGUCGCCCUUCAGUAUUUCUCCUCACAGCCUCUUCAUAAUAUCCAGCAACUUGUCACGAACUUGGUUCCUGCCUCCAGGUCUCGGAGGCCUAGUGCCAGGGAACUAAAUCUCUUGAAACGUAAAGCAAAAAAUAAUUCAAAGGAACAAACAAAGGGGUGGUCUAAGGUCGGAGAUGCAGAGUUACCACAACAAGAAGAGAUGGUUCCACUGAAGGGAAGCAUUUCUCUAGAUUCCUCAAGCUCGCAUAAGCAACUUGGAGAUGGUGUUUCUGAUGAAGAAGGCUUUGAGAAUGACGGAGAUGGGGGUUGGCCUUUUCAAUCUUUUGUUGAACAACUCCUUGUUGAUAUGUUUGACCCGGUUUGGGAGGUUCGACAUGGAAGUAUUAUGGCCCUGAGAGAGAUAUUGACUUAUCAAGGUGCUAGUGCAGGGAUUUUGUCUGAAAUGAGCUGCAAGGCUGCAUCAUUUUCAUAUUUGGAAGCUAAAGGUGAUGAAAAUACAGUGAAGGGAGAGCGGAAACUUGAUUUGAAUCUACAAGUCCCGCUGGAAGCUUUGGAGCCAGUUUUGAAGAGACCAAAGUUGGAAAAUGAUUCAUGUCCAAUGACAGAUAUAAAAACCUCUGCCUCUAGUGAUGGAGAUUUGGACAUUUGUGCUAAAGUUGAAGAUGGAGGAAACAUACCUCUCAUGCAAUUAAAUGGUGAAAUUAAUGUUAGUUCCAUUAAGGUGGAACUUGAACCUCAUAUUUACAGCACAUGCCAUUCUAAUAUUCAUAUGACAGAGGCAAGGAGUUGCUCUGAAGACACGGAUUCAAUUGAGAAGAACAUGCUUGAAAAUUUUGCUGAAAAUGCUAAUCUGAUGAACUCGGUUAAAAUGGCUAGAAAUUCCUGGCUGAGAAAUUCUGAAUUUCUGCAAGACUGUGCAAUUCGUUUCUUGUGUGUCUUGUCCCUGGACCGUUUUGGAGACUAUGUCUCCGAUCAGGUUGUUGCACCAGUCAGGGAAACCUGUGCACAAGCAUUGGGUGCUGUGCUCAAAUACAUGCUCCCUACAUCAGUUAGAGAGACUCUAAAUAUUUUGUUGCUGAUGCAGCAUAGACCAGAAUGGGAGAUCCGCCAUGGGAGUCUUCUGGGUAUUAAAUAUUUAAUUGCCGUGCGACAGGAGAUGCUCCAUGAUUUGCUUGACUACAUACUCCCUGCGUGUAAAACUGGGCUUGAAGAUCCUGAUGAUGAUGUAAGAGCAGUAGCAGCUGAGGCAUUAAUACCAAUUGCUGCUGCAAUUGUUUCUCUUAAGGGUCCAAUCUUGCAUUCUAUUGUUAUGCUACUUUGGGACAUUUUGCUUGACUUGGAUGAUCUAAGUCCAUCUACCAGCAGGUACAUAUUUGUUGUCCUUUUUUUUGCUGCUUAUAUUUUUCUUAAUGAUGCAUCUAGCUCAUUAUGGCCUUCUUUCAUCGUUGGCGAUACCCUCAGGGUUGUUUUCCAGAACUUGCUGCUUGAGUCAAGUGAGGAAAUUCUGCAAUGCUCGGAGAGAGUUUGGAAAUUCCUACUCCAGUGCCGAGUGGAGGACUUGGAUAGUGCUGCAAAAUUGUACUUUUCUUCUUGGAUAGAGCUUGCAACUACUCCAUAUGGCUCACCGCUGGAUGCUACAAAAAUGUUCUGGCCCGCUUCCUUGCCUCGUAAAAGUCACUUUAAAGCUGCAGCUAAAAUGAGAGCUGUGAAUCUUGAACUUGAUUAUUACAAAGGCAAACUUUUAGAAUCGACAGAAGGUACGUCAUCAGAGAAAAAUGGAGAUGCUUCUACCAACCCUGGUAAGAUAGUAGUAGGCGCUGAUCUGGAUAUUUCAGUAACUUGUACAAGAGUAGUUACCGCAACAGCUUUGGGCAUUAUGGCUUCUAAGUUAAAUGGGGCAUCCUUACAAUGUGUGGUUGAUGCGUUACGAAAGGGAUUCACUUCUCUAUCUGGAGUCCAGCGUCAGGUGGCUUCUAUGGUUCUUAUAUCUUGGUUCAAAGAAUUAAAAGAUCACUUGACGUCCGAUGAAGUUGUUUCUGGUAUCUCAAGUAACUUCAGAAACUGCUUACUAAAUUUGUUAGCAUGCACUAACCCUGCAUUUCCUACAAAAGAUUCACUUCUACCUUAUGCUGAACUUUCAAGAACGUAUACUAAAAUGCGGAAUGAAGCCAGCCAGUUGUAUAACGCAACAGAGGCAUCUGGCAUGUGUAAUGAUAUUUUGUCAUCUAUCAAAGUCGAUUUUGAGAAUUUGACUGCAGACGAUGCAAUCAAUUUUGCGUCGCAACUUCUGUUUGUAAGUACCGAGGCAUCUGGGCCAGAAUCUAAUGGAAGGAAUCUAUGUGAAGAGUUGGAGUCCUUGAAACAAAAGUUUUUGACAACUGCUGGAUAUCUAAAAUGUGUUCAGAAUAAUUUGCAUCUUACAGUCUCGGCUUUAUUGGCUGCUGCAAUUGUUUGGAUGUCAGAGCUUCCCUCAAAACUUAAUCCAAUUAUUUUACCCUUGAUGGCUUCUGUCAAAAGGGAACAGGAUGAAAUACUGCAACAUAAAGCUGCUGAAGGCCUGGCAGAGCUUAUUCAUCACUGUCUUGAACGCAAACCUGGUCCAAAUGACAAAUUAAUUAAGAAUCUUUGUACUUUGACAUGUAUGGAUCCUCGUGAAACUCCUCAAGCUGGGGUCUUAAGUUCUGUUGAGGUAAUUGAAGACCAAGAUCUUUUGUUCUUUGGAAGUAGUAGCAGUAGACAAAAAUCAAAGGCUAAUAUGCUUUCCCCUGGUGAAGACCGAUCAAGGGUUGAGGGCUUCAUUAGCAGACGUGGAUCUGAACUUGCUUUGAAAUAUUUGUGUGGGAAGUUUGGUGGUUCAUUGUUUGAGAAACUUCCAAAGAUAUGGCACUGUCUUGUGGAAUUCCUUAAGCCUUGUACUAUUGAAGGCCGGACAGCAGAAGAUGAAAAACUGAUAGAUCAAGCUAUUGAGUCUAUCAAUGAUCCUCAGAUUUUAAUAAACAAUAUUCAGGUAGUUCGUUCUAUUGCUCCUUUACUGGAUGAGACGCUGAGGCCAAAACUGCUCACUCUUCUACCAUGCAUUUUCAGAUGUGUUCGCCAUUCUCAUAUCGCUGUGAGAUUAUCUGCCUCCAGAUGUGUCACAGCAAUUGCCAAAUCAAUGACUUUGGAUGUCAUGGGUCCUAUAAUUGAGAAUGCUGUUCCAAUGCUAGGAGAUACGACAUCUGUGCAUGGUAGACAAGGAGCUGGCAUGCUUGUUAGUUUGCUUGUGCAGGGAUUGGGAUUGGAACUUGUCCCUUAUGCUCCUUUAUUAAUUGUUCCUCUCCUGAAGUGCAUGGGUGAUUCUGAUCAUUCUGUGAGAUUGAGUGUAACACAUAGUUUUGCUGCCCUCGUACCUCUUCUUCCACUAGCUCGUGGCAUCUCCCCACCUGUUGGCCUGACGGAACGUUUGUCUAGAAAUAAAGAAGAUGCACAGUUUUUGGAGCAACUGGUUGAUAACUCCCAGAUUGAUGAUUACAAACUCUCCUUUGAGUUAAAAGUGACUUUGAGAAGGUAUCAACAGGAAGGCAUAAACUGGCUAGCAUUUUUAAAACGAUUUAACCUUCAUGGCAUUUUAUGUGAUGAUAUGGGCCUAGGCAAAACCCUUCAAUCAUCAGCAAUCAUGGCAUCUGAUAUAGCAGAGCAUAUUGCUGCAAAUAAUUCUAAUGAUCUUCCACCAUCAUUAAUAGUGUGUCCAUCAACACUUGUUGGGCACUGGGUGUAUGAGAUGGAGAAGUUUAUUGAUUCUUCUGUUUUAACAACGCUUCAAUACAUUGGUUCUGCUCAAGAGCGCUUGUCUCUUCAGCCACAAUUUGACAAGCACAAUGUUAUUGUAGCAUCAUAUGACGUGGUCCGCAAAGAUAUUGAUUUUCUCAGCCAUCUUUCCUGGAACUACUGCAUCUUGGACGAGGGACAUAUUAUAAAGAAUUCGAAGUCCAAAGUUACAGUUGCAGUGAAACAACUGAAGGCUCAGCACCGUCUGAUACUGAGUGGGACACCAAUCCCCCCUCCCUCCCUCUCUCUCACACACAAAUCCUUUCAAGCUACUUAUGGAAAACCGCUGCUAGCUGCUAGGGAUCCUAAAUGUUCAGCUAAGGAUGCUGAAGCAGGUGCACUAGCCAUGGAAGCUCUGCACAAGCAGGUUAUGCCUUUCCUCUUACGACGAACAAAAGAUGAAGUUCUGUCUGAUUUACCAGAGAAGAUCAUUCAGGACAGAUAUUGUGACCUGAGCCCUGUACAGUUAAAGUUAUAUGAACAGUUUUCUGGUUCACAUGUUAGACAAGAAAUCUCCAGUAUGGUUAAGGUAAAUGAAGAUAAAAGAGAUGGACCCAAAGCAUCUUCUCAUGUUUUCCAGGCACUUCAGUACUUGUUAAAACUUUGUAGUCAUCCGUUGCUUGUCCUCGGUGAAACAAUCCCAGAGUCACUUUUACCUCUUCUGUCAGAACUCUUUCCUACUAGUUCCUGCAUAGCUUCAGAACUCCAUAAACUGCACCAUUCGCCCAAACUUGUUGCCCUUCAGGAGAUACUAGAAGAAUGUGGAAUAGGUGUCGAGGCAUCAGGUGCUGAAGGACACAUUAGUGUUGGGCAGCAUCGAGUUCUCAUAUUUGCACAGCAUAAGGCCCUUUUGGACAUUAUUGAAAGAGAUUUGUUUCACACCCAUAUGAAAAGCGUCACAUAUUUGCGGUUGGAUGGAUCAGUUCAAACAGAAAAGCGCUUUGAAAUAGUGAAAACCUUCAACUCAGACCCCACUAUAGAUGUUCUGCUGCUCACAACUCACGUUGGUGGGCUUGGUUUGAACCUGACAUCAGCAGAUACCCUGGUUUUUAUGGAGCAUGACUGGAAUCCCAUGCGAGAUCACCAGGCAAUGGACAGAGCACACAGGUUAGGUCAGCGGAAAGUUGUCAACGUUCACCGUCUCAUCAUGAGGGGCACCUUGGAAGAAAAAGUGAUGAGCCUCCAAAAGUUCAAAGUUUCGAUUGCCAAUGCCGUCAUCAAUGCAGAUAAUGCAAGUAUGAAUACAAUGAAUACAGACCAGUUACUGGAUCUAUUUACAUCUGCAGAAGGCAAAAAGGGAACGAGAAAAUCAAUACGGUCAGAUGAAAAUUCUGAAGGCAAUAAAAAAUUACCGGGUGGUGGCAAGGGACUUAAGGCCAUUCUUGGUGGACUAGAGGAGCUUUGGGAUCAAUCGCAGUACACUGAAGAAUUUAAUCUGAGCCAGUUUUUAGCAAAGCUAAAUGGCUGAAUCAAGCUUUGAAUUUUAUAAGCUCAAGAGAAGUUUUUGUCAGAGUAUGCAUACCAUGUGGAAGAGAUUAACUGCAGUAAGCUGCCCACAAUGUACAAAAGUGUAUAUUCGUCACACCGCAUCUCCAAUUUUGGUGAUUAGUGUAGUUGUCAUUUCCCUUUAUCUCUUCGUUUCUCCUUCUCUCUUCUUCUCUCUUUACGAUCAUUUUCGUACAUGCAUUAUAUGCAGGAGGCGAUUUGUAGUUGGUUGAGAGUCAGCAUGACUGGGCAGGUGAAUCCACAUGUAGCUUGCAAAGGGGAUAGAACAUGUACAGCUUUGAAUAUUGUAGAUACAUUCAUAUAUUCCUGAAUUGAAUUUUUUGCUGUAUAUUUUCUUUGAUGAUUCUAUGAAGAUACUGACCCUUUUUUUUUUUCCACAAAAGAGGAGGUAAAUUAUGGGAUGGCUGGGAUGUAAUGAAAAGUUUGUUAAUUUUGAAAAUUUCAAGUGGAUGAAUAAGAAUUUUGAGAGAGUUUUUCA